CCUGAAUCCUGCUCCCUGGCCAAGAAGAAGCGCCCGACUCUGCAAGCUAAUGUGCGCACCUGGUGCGCCAGCCCUAUCCUUCCCCCAGCUCUGGCUCCGGCCCAACAAUCAAGCCACACCUGUUUUCUCCGUGCCCCUCCCAGACAAUCCUAACCGCCGAUACCUGGUCAACGGAGCCUGGAAAGGACACCAGGUCCGUUCGAUGCCUGAGAACGCGGGAAAAGAGCCCAAAUACUCCAGGAUUUGCCAGCACUGGUUUGCUUAGCUGGGCAAUGGCGGCAAAUAUGGGAACAUCUUAUUUCGUGGGCUACUCGCCCGGAUGACGCGGUGGGUACUCACCACCUAUGUCCCUUCCAACGCCUCCAGCCAUAUCAGCUGCCCACACCCAGGGACCUGCGUUCUUUUUAUUUCUCUUAAACGGUGUUGCCUAUGUUGGUUUUAAAACGUGUCUUGACGCUUAUGUGAGGCUCAUGGACACCCUGAUUACGCCUUCUGCUUGAGAUCGGUGCGACACUGUGACUACGAUACUAAUAAGGAGGCUCUGACGAUCUCGAGUUGGGCUCACCCCUUUACGUGCUUAUGCACACCAGCCCUAACCCUCCUGGAUCGCGAAUAAAAGCCCUCUCGCUAGAUUUCUCCUACCCACUUGGCCCGACCAUAAGAACUACGGGCAUACACGACAAGUUCAGCUGGAGUCGAAAGACAAAUUUCUCGAUUUGAUGAGUGGGCCUUCAGCGUUGUCAGAGGCCACUACAGCAAGCAAAAUGCUUGCCAUAUCUAUGGCUCCGCCUAUGCCACAUCUUCUAUCUCGCCUCGAUCCGGUCCAUCCAUUAUCGAUGUUUCCGACAGAAAAUGUUGGGUCUCUCCAUCCUGCCUCGCCGGGGAAAAAGCCGAAGUUGUCACUAAGGACUUCUGAUCUCGCUCCCACAUUUCAUGGCUCGACCAGUCGUCAAAAUGGCAUCAAUUCUGGCGCUACCGCAACCCCGACGACGUUGAACACCUUCAACAAUACAUUCGACCUUGCCUACAGACCAUCACCAGUGACAACUCUUCCAUCACCAGGACCACAUUUGCAAACAAGAGGCAGCGCACAUCCGACCUCCCCAGCUGUGAAACUGUCAGAGCGCCCUUACCUCCUGAACUUGCCCUUUGGCGUCCGCUCGAUACUGAAGAAUAGUCCGCUUCCGCGGGAUAUCCGGCGGCCUUCUGUCAGCGCAAGCCCCCGAGUGGCCGGUCGAAGAGUGUUUUUCCCAGCUCCCAAAAGGGUAGCUUUCCGGGCCGAAUUGGAGGAAGAAAUCGUCACAAGGAAUUACAUCAUGCGCCACGCAGACCUGAGUUCAUCCGAUGAGGAAUCUCUUUCUUCCGAGAAUGAAGAGCAAAGUGGAACUUCCACCGACGAAGACGGAGAUGACGGCGAUAAAGGCCGAGAGAUCCGCGUGGAUGAAGCCUCGCCACGUAAGAAGAGGAAGCGGAUGUCUAUUGCUGUAUCUCCUUCGACUUCAUCUGCACUGGAUCGAGGCAGGCUAGAAAGACCACAAAGCGGUUCAAUUUCGAGUUCGAAGCGGAGGCGAAGGAGAUGGGAAUGGACAAUAGACCCGUCGAUGUCUAAUCCAUCUCGGUUGGAGAAGGAGUCGGAAAACUUUAGUGAAAAUCGGGAUCCUCGAGUGGAAGAGCCGAAAAGAUGCUCAAAUGUAGAGGUGGUCCAGGAUGGGAAACAGCCUGAGCAGGUUGAAGCGGGCAGUCGGGUCAAUGACUGUUCAAAUGGCUGAACAUGUACUUCUCAAAAGAACUGUAUUUAUGAAAUAACGAUCAGAGUAUUCCAAACACAACAUUUAUGUACUCCAGGAUAAUUGAUGAGACAUAUACGAAGAACCCACUACUCGGUUUUAGCGCCUUG